CAGGGAAGUGAGAGUCUCUGGCUAAGAAGGGCAGGACUCAGUCAGUAGAGAGGCACUCUGGACUGCGAACCAAGCUUCCGGUAACAGCAAGUGAAUGUGACGUAUACUGACUUCCGCUUUGGCUCUCAGAAAAACGGCGGGGAGCUGAAGGAGUGUACGCUACGCUGCCUUUCAGCGGACUGAGGAAUUACAGGCCCAGUGGUGCUUGAAGGCCACUCUCUCAACUUUCUCCUGCCAGUUACCUACAAAACAAGUUAUAAUGUUCCACAGGCAGAAGCAUGAACAAGGCCUUGAGGUCCAAGAAGAGAAGGAGGGCCAGCUCAGGGAGGAGGUUCCUGUAGCUAAGGAGGUGGGAACCCCAGAGGAGGUACCUGCUGCUGAGGUUUCCCAGGAAACCUCUUCAUCCUCUGCUUCCAUGCAAGCCACUCUGCCAAGCAAAGCAAAUGAAGGUUCUGGCGCUCAAGCAGAGGGAGGUCAAAGUACCUCAAAGGCCUACCUAUACUCCAAAGUCUUGCUCAACGCUAAGCUACGGAAGAAGGUGACAGAGUUGGUGAAGUUUCUGAGUUUCAAGUAUAUAACAAAGGAGCCUGUCACAGAAGCAGAAAUUCUGAAGAAUGUUGUCAAAGAGUACAAGAAUUACUAUGCAUUGAUCUUCAAGCAUGCCUGUGAAUGCAUGGAAGUGGUUUUUGGCAUUGAAGUAAAGGAAGUGGAUGCUCCCAAUCACUCCUACGAGCUCCUUAAAAUUCUUGACCUCACCUAUGAUGGGCGAAUGAGCAAUGACGAGGGCAUACCCAAGACAGGCCUCCUGGUGCUUAUUCUUGGUGUGAUCUUCAUGGAGGGCAACCGGGCCUCUGAGAAGAAGAUCUGGGAGGUGCUGAAUGUGGUUGGUGUAUAUCCUGACCAGCAUGAUUUCAUCUGCGGAAAUCCCAGAAAGUUCAUCACUGAAGAUUUGGUUUCAGAGAAGUACCUGGAAUACCAGCUGGUACCUGACAGUGAUCCUGUAUGCUAUGAGUUCCUCUGGGGCCCAAGGGCCUAUGCUGAAACCAGCAAGAUGAAAGUCUUGCAGUUUUUCUCCAAGGUUGCUGGGAGUAGCCCCACUUCCUUCACAGCUUUGUAUAUGGAUGCUCUGAAAGAUGAAGAGGAGAGAGCCCGGGCUUUACUUGCCUCUCUAGCCAUUCCAACUACCCCAGACAAUUCAGGUUCUGGGGACAAGCCCAGCAGCUUCUCCCACCCUGAGUAAAUUUGAGCUGGUUCUUCACACUGUUUAAAGAUAGCAAUCACAUCUUCCAGCAGAAGAGACUUAAGGUUCUUUUUCUUUUUUGUACUAUUUCAGCUGUUCCUCUUUUAAAGGGUUUACUAGCUUCAGAGUCUAGAAUUAUUAGUUAUAUUGCUCAUUUGUUGCUAUUUGUUUCAGAAUAAGAAUUUUGAUGUUGUGAAAAGCAAGAUGAGAACAUAUUCAGCUUUGAGACCUAGAGGAAGAUCAAAAGCAUUGCAUCUGAAUUUUUUUUAGACAUGUGAAAGACUCCAUUACUAAAGUAGAAUCAAUAAGUACAAGAAAGAUGUAAAAAAUGGUUAAUACUAGUAUUCCUGUGUACUUUUAGUCUGUUUUGUAAAACUAAAGAU